UGUGUAAACAUGUCCAGGGGAAGAGCAACCAGAAGUGGCCGCUCAGACAGUAAUGAUGUCGAUGCUGAUAGUACAGAAUUAGAGAAAUCUAAGCUGCUGAGACAGUACCGGAUCUUGGAUGCAGACAGGCAAGCCUACAGCAUUCAGGCCCGGCAGCAAAUGUGCAAACAACAGCAGGAGAUAGAGAAGCUGACUGCCGAGCAGGAGGAGCUUCGGCAUAAGCUUGGUGCUUAUAAGAGCUUGUCCCGUCAAAAGAAGGACAAAAGGGAUGCAGAGAGCCUUCAAGUGCUGCUGGAGCAGAGAGACCGCCUGGAGGGGGAGCUGGAGAAGGAAAUGCAACAUCAAAAAGAGCUGCAAAAAGAGAUUUCAAACAUGGAGUUUAAGCUGAAAAAGCUGAGGAAAGAGAAUGCCAACACAAGUGACAUCCAAAGGUCUGCCCACAGGCGGAAUCAGGAGGCCAUACGCACAAUGGAGAACAAACUGCAGGGAGCCUUAACUCGAUUUAAUGAGCAGCUGACCAAGAACAGUCACCUUCGGGAGGAGCUGCAGACUCUUCAUAUUGAGCGUGUUCGUUUCCAGCGGCUACAAGACAGGCUGGUCCAGGAGCUCCAGGAUGUCAGGAAGAAGACCGUUCAAGCAAUCAAUGUGUCGACUGCAGCCCACGAUGCAAGAGUGGAGGCUCAGUCCAAGUUGGCGAUGAUGCGAGAGAAAGCAGACAAGGAGCUUGCCCAGUACAACACAGAGAUGAGGGAGCUGGAGAGGGUUAUUUCACAUGAGUCUGGCCUCAGAGACUUUAUCACCACCAAAUACAAUGAGAAGAUGGGCCAGGAUGUGACAGAGCAAGUCUUAGGUCUGCAGGAGCAGGGAACUAAAGACUUGAGUGAGGAGUCGCCAGAUGACUUGGAGGCGUUUUUCCAGAGAAUUCAGUCUGUGACAGGAGAGGCUGAUCCGGAAUUGCUUGUCAACAGUUUCAUCCAAGGUGAAGACCGUAACUUUGCACUUUUCAACUUUGUAAAUGAGCAAAACAAUGAAGCUGAGGUUCUGCGGGAUCAAAUCGGCCAGAUCCAGAGAGAGAUGGAGCAAUUUCAAAUGAGAGGUUUGCGACAAGAGCAGGACCAUCACGCUUCGCUGAGGGACAUCGAUGCACGGCUGAAAGACACAGAGUCGCAAACUGAGGACUUUGAAAACCGUACCGCCGUCUUAAGCAAAGUGCUGGAAGAGGUUAAAACAGGAGUGAGUUGUAUUGUGUCUAAAGUGGAAUGUGACAUGGAGGACUCCAUCAGUGACACCAAUAUUAUGCCCUACUUGGGUCUGGUGGAGCAGAAGACCAACCAGCUCCUCACCAUACAGGCUUUCCUCGAUAACAAGGAAAACGGCAAAGACUACCAUCCAUGCAAUCCCAAUCUUCCCAAAUGUCUUUUUGGCCAAAACCCAAAGACACUCCAGGAGAAUAUUAUCAUUCAACCUUCAGUCCAGAGUGUGGAUUGUGACCCGGACGACUUGCUUGUCGCGGAUGAGGAAGAGCGGCCGCUCUCUCAGGGGGAACUCCGCAGAAGAAUAUUGGAAGGGGUUACGCAAAGAGAGAAUUCAGACUUGAAGUUGGCAACAAAAAUCUUCAAAACGAGCCCACGUAUUCAAGAGGAAACAGUGACGGCACAGAUCUGAGUGGUAGUUCCCUAUGUCAGGUCUGAUGAAAAGGUCAUUUCUAAUGUAGCUUGUAUACCAGGGGUGUCUGGAAUGCUCCAGAACAGAAUUAGAUUCCAAAAACAUAGGCAGAGAUAAGAGUUGAUAACAAAUGUUUAUUAACAGAACACCAGACUGGUUAUAGGCAGCUGGUUAACGCGGGAGAUUAGUGACUGUGCGCCUGCUGGAGGGAAACGCCCUUCUCUCCAGUGGGAGCUGAAAUAUAAAACAAAACCAUGGCCGACACCUGAUUUACUUUCGUGGGCCAGAUCUGGCCGCCGGGCCAUAGAUUUGACGCUGUGUUGUACUCGUACAGUACUCACAAAAACUUAGUGAUCUUUGGAUUGCGCGUUAACUUUCAGGAUGAACCUACUGGAACAACAGAAAUUGAGAGUGACUGGAAGUGUCACAGAAAAAGACAAGCAGACAUCCUUGAAGAUAUUCACGCAUCUAUUACCUGCUCUGAAUUUUGCCAUUCAGCUCCUUGUUUGAGAACAUCAAGUUGUGAUAUAAGCACUGAACGGCAUUCAAAAGCUUAGAGAGUGGCAAAUGAAGCUAACCUAUAAAAGUAAUAGUGUAUUUUAGCUUCGUCUUGAAAUUCCACCUGAAAUUCUCAAUAUCCCUAACUUUUGACGAGUAGUGUCGACACUCAAAGUAUAAUUUUCGUCCAUUUUUUUGGUGCUUAUUAUUUUUUUAAUUCAUUCUAAUCUAGAUAUCAAUAUGAGCUAUAAAGACGCGCUACAGAAACCAGCUGUGCUUUUUAAUGUGUAAGCGGCCAUCUGGCUUUGGACCAGACUGUGAAAGUACACUGUUUCAUGCGUGACAUUGGCUGCUAUGCCCCAACACAAAGGUUGGGGGCAGCAAAAAGCUUUUGUCAUUCUAAUUGACAUGCUGAGAUUUUGAUUUUGAUGCGCUCUACGUGAAAACACACGCACGCGCGCGUGCGCGCAAACACACACUAUCACACUUCCGCUAGAGCCACUGAGAUAAACAAUGGGGGGAGGAGGGAUAGAGAGAUAUUAUAAAUAAAUAUUAACAGGUUUUGAUGAUAGAAUUUUUGUUUUUUUCAAGCUGCUGCAACUUUUGCGGUGUGCCUCACAUUUGGAAAAAAUGUGCAGAUAAACAAUAGUAACACAAUAGUCUAAAAAUAUACUAGAUAUACUGGUUUGCUUUGAGUGUAGCCGAAGUUUCGCAGGUUUGAAAACAUAGUUUUUCUUUAUUAUUGCCAAAUUGCUGCACCACCCCUAAGGUUCUAUCGUGGCAUGCCUCAAUUUGAAAAACUUUCCUAAGAAACAUGCUAAUGUACAGUUUGUUCAGGAACUAUAGUGAAUGUUUUUUUGCACUGUAGCAUACAUGAGAGUAAAUACAAUGUUUAUGUCGAACCUCA